CCCGCCACCAUGUCGGUCAAAAAAAUGGAGGACAAGGCUAAUGAAUGACCCAUUCCUGCACCUGAAAAGUCCGCAAGCGAAAUAAUAUAGUGAAAGUUGCGGUCGUAAAUCAACAUGUGGCUGGCAAGUUUCAUAGCGGUUGUUUCAUUCAUUUCUACGGCGCAAGGAUCCUUCUUUGGAAGCUGUCCGGGAAAUUGCUCUCCUCGGUGUUACCCUGGGUGUAACGCGAUGUGUUGCUACACAGCUCAACGAUCGUCCAUAUAUCAACAGGAGCGGCUGCUACAACAGCAGCAACAACAGCGGCAGCAACAGCUGCGGUAUUACUACCAACAGCCUGCACAGUCGGCGCCCUCACCUGCCGCAUAUUUUCAAUAUCCCGCUGCUCCUCCUUCUCCAGCAGCAUUUGCGCCGGCUGCCUCCCCCUCUCCUACAGCUGUUCCCGAACCCUCUCCAACCCCCUCUCCACCUCCUCAGCCUCCCCCACCUCCUCCUCCCUGUCCAUCGGACUGCCCAAAGGAGUGCUACCCCCAGUGUUCCUCAUCAUGUUGCCAACCCAAGCCUCCUCCGAUGCCUUUGUACAUGAAGAGGAAACAAAAGGUAGCGGUAGCUUGCGAGGGACAUAAACUGAAGAUCAAAUGCCCAAACAAGUAUGAUCGCAUCGCCCUAUACAGUACAUUUUACGGCAGAGAUGAUAACAACACAUGUCAACACAAAGUACUCCCUUCUAAGGGACACUGUGUGAAGGACGAACAUAGAAUCAAUGAGAAGUUAUUUGAUUUGUGUCAAGGAGAAAGCAAAUGUUCCGUGGCAGCCACUAGUACUUUUCUGGGAAAGAAAAAUUCUAUCAUGUGCCCUGAGGUUUAUAAGUAUGCCAGAGUUGUCUACCGAUGUAUACAGCAUCCGAAGAUUGUGCCGGUGUGUUCUCUACCAUGCCACAAACCAUACAAGUGCUUUCCCAGAUGUGACAUCAGCUGCUGCACUCCUCCACCGCCCCCUCCUCCUCCUCCGCCUCCUCCUCCCCAGCUGCCUCCAACAUGUCCCGGAGCAUGCCCAGCUAAGUGCUUCCCUGCAUGUUCUCAGACUUGUUGCAGUCCACCUCCUCCCCCAGCCCCAUCUCCAAUAUACUAUCCCAUGCCUGCUCCAGCACCUCCCCCUGCUCCCACCUGCCCUGGAUCGUGCCCGAGUACAUGCGCUCCAGUGUGUUCAGUCAAGUGUUGUAUCGGCCGGAACGCCGCAUUGAAUAGCAUAAGGCCACUCUCCUACUCGCAAACACGUAUGACACCUGCCACCUACGGUUAUCGAAAUUAUUACCCUGCGUCUCGGUCAAAUGAUUACUACGCACAAUACAAGCAAUACGCCCGAGCGAGGUCUCAAUACCCGAACCCUUAUCAGGCGUACAGAACAUCGUAUGGAAACUGGAGGAACAUGAAUGCCUAUCGAGGAUAAUUCACUUGAAUGUGACAGAAUACAUCAGAAGGGAGAGUUGUAUCAACACUGAAGAAGUCAAUUUCACAGAUGUACCUGCGAAAGAUUUUUUUUUAAAGAACAACUUGAUCCCUUUUGGGAACUUGUUUACAUAGCAUUACUACAACUCAGAAACUGUGCCCAAGCGUUUCCAUGAACUCUAACAAAAAUCCAAUUGGGAUUCAAACGCAUUUUGUAAUCAAAUGUCUCAGUUAUUGUAGAGGUAAUCGUAAGUUUAUUGAAGCCAAGCCUUAGAAUUUGGUUUCAAACAAAGACUCGAAAUAACGAAAACGAAAAAAAAAUAAGGUAGUAAAACAAGUAAAUUCCAGUAUUGCAAAAUAGAACUAAUGUUUGUCGUUAAUGUCACAUGAUUUAUCAUGAAAAAUGGUCAUUUUUCUUUUAUUUUUAUUUCUGAUGUUACAAGGUUUUUCGAUUCCUUGACUUAAGUCUCUUAUUUCAGAAGAGCCUUACUUUCAAAAGCAUGCCAAUUUGCGUUCAACAUGGAUCUAGUGAAGGGGAAGGAGGUCUUAUUUGUUCAAACGGGUUUCUAUUUUAUCGAUAAAAGUGUAAAUAAUGCAUAACUUUCAAAACAUGCUCUGUCUCGUGGUCGAAGAAUUUUAUGUCAAUUAAACAAAUAUGUGUAAAAGCCAAAUGGUUAUUUGUGGGAUUACAUCUGUAUAACGCCAUCGCAUUUCUUUAAGGUUGUUAGUUGCGCUAUUAGUAAAGCAUGGACAUAAGAGAAAGUAGAACGGGACUAAAACUAACAAGGAAAAAUUUCAAACACGCAAGAAAGGAGUGAGGAUUACUUGAUUUCUGCUUAUCUUACAAUCGUGAUAACGUGUCAAUUAAAAACCGAAUGCUAAUAAAC